GCAUUUUACAGCCCGCGCCCAAGCCGUCGAUACACAUACGAUGAUGAUGCUCCGCGAGCUCUCGGAGACCAAGACCGCCCUGCGCGCCCAGGCCUACCUCCACACCAACGCCCAUGUCAUCCUCGGCUGCAUCAGCCUCUCGGGCAUCACGCUCAUGCUCGCGCGCAUGGAGCCGUGGAAGCUGUACCUCCUGGCCUGCUUGGGUCUCGUCUUCCUGCCCGUCUUCCUGCACCAAGGCGCGAUGGGCCUGCACCAGGUGCGCGCUCAGUCGACCGUCGCGUCCGAGGUGCUGCCUGAGCACCACGAACCUACAAAGAAGGAGACGGCGACGCCUGACCUCCACGUGACUGUCGCCAAGCAGCCUGAAGUCCAUAUGCCUGUCAUUGUCGCGCCCCGCCUCCUCUCGCCGAGCGUGUCGCUCAAGGAAGACCCGAUCAUGAUGACGCUGCCGCCGCUGGUCUUGGACACGACGUUUUCUCGAAAGGGCCUGCACAUCAUGUCGAAGGACGUUUUGCAUGAACGUGAGCAGCUCUUUGCGCGUGCCAUGACGUCGCUCCGCAGCCUCUCGCCCCGCAACAAGCCGGUCGUGCACCACGUAGACUUGAUCAAGUACGCCGAGGAGAUUGACGACCAGAACGAAGAUGCGUUUCUUUAAGACACCGACCUACCCAUACCCACCACGCAACUGCGACGCGGGCGGCAAGAGACGUACUAGUAGAUUAGGUCUUGCCGUCGUCGACGUAGUCUUAUAAAAGCGGCUUGUAAUACCAUGAUAGCGCUUCUUCCACGACA